UUCAGUCGUACCUGAAGAAGAAGAAGAAUCAUGAGCGGAAGAGGAAAGGGAGGCAAAGGUCUGGGGAAAGGAGGCGCCAAGCGGCACAGGAAGGUUCUCCGUGAUAACAUCCAGGGAAUCACCAAGCCCGCCAUCCGCCGCCUGGCCCGCCGCGGCGGCGUCAAGCGCAUCUCCGGUCUCAUCUACGAGGAGACUCGCGGCGUGCUGAAGGUCUUCCUGGAGAACGUGAUCCGGGACGCCGUCACCUACACCGAGCACGCCAAGAGGAAGACCGUGACCGCCAUGGACGUGGUCUACGCCCUGAAGAGGCAGGGCCGCACCCUGUACGGCUUCGGCGGCUAAAUCCCCCCAGCUACUGCUGCUGCAGAGAAAAACAACGGCUCUUUUAAGAGCCACCCAAUUCCUCUGAAGAUGAAACAGUCCUUUAUAUCGGUGUCUAUUGUAUUAUAUGUGACAUGAGAAUUACUCGUGAUGGCAAUCUGAAACAAGAAAGCUUUCAAAACAAUUGUACCGAAAAAAAAAGGUUCGAAGCUUUUCAAACCAGGGCCCGACAAGGACCCCUGGUGGUGAAAGUCAAGGAAGGCAUGUCAUGUGUCAGAGCUGAAUGUGAUGUAUGAGUAAUUACAUUUUUUAAAUUAUUGAAUGAUUUCUCCACAUUACUAAAACCUAGCAGGCUUAUAGCUAAUAAUUUGAUGUCAGCAUUUCUAUUGUUCAUAGGUCAACUUGAAUAAAGAUGGGGAUGAAAAAGCA